AUGGGGAAAAAGAGAGUGGAAACAAAGUUGGAACAGAAAAAGGAAAAAGAAAGAAAAAGACACUUAAGUGCCUUGUCUGUGUCCUUGUUUGGUGGACUCGUGCAGGUAGACUCUGCCUGCAGCUGCCAAUAUCCUUGCUACAACUACACUGUGCUGGACAAUCCAUGGAGAGCCACCAGUAAUACACUUGCUUCAGUCUUCAACUGUGACCAGUCUGUCACCUGGAGCGGCUGGUAUCGUCUCUUCAUUAACGGUCUGAGUGCUUAUAUCCCACAGACAUGUGUUGCAAGGUAUAGCUGUGGAACAGAUAUUGCACUUUGGAUUCGUGGUGGACACCCAACAGUUGAGGAUGGAGUCGUCACUCGAGAUGUCUGCGCAGGAUCAGCUGCUGUGGCUUUCAUGAGCUACAACACGAUGGAGAAUCUACUGAAGCCAGACUUCUUCAAAACAUCAAAUGACACGAUUAAAACCAUGAUGUCCACUGUGAUCUCAGCUACUCUUCCCAAAACCACCAACAAACACUACACCAACAAACCAGUCAACUUCACCUUCAGACACAUCAGAGAGUUUGAUCCCAGUGGGUCUUUGUCCUGUGUGUACUGGAAUAUCAGCGAGGAGUGGAUUGUAGAUGGUUGCUCUGUUUUAAAGACCAACAGCAGCUACACUGUGUGUUCCUGUGUUCAUCUGUCCACAUUCGCUCUCAUCAUGCAGACCAGCCCCCCACCAGAGAGUGACCCGCUGCUGGAACUGUUGAAUUUGGUGUGUGUGAUCGUGGGGCUGGUGUUCUUCAGUUUGGCCCUGUUGACCUUUGCCCUUUGUCAGUGGAGUCCUGGAGUGAAUAAUGUGGCUCGAAUCAACAUCUGCAUCAGUCUUCUGCUGGCUCACCUUCUGUUCCUGCUCACACAGCAGUUCCUGAGCCUCAUACGGCCCUCACUGAGAAUCAUCAUAACCCUCUCUCAUGAUCUCCAGGUGUUGUGUGCCGUGAUCGCAGGCCUUCUGCACUUCCUCUUUCUCUCUGGCUUUGUGUGGAUGUUCAUUGAAGCUGUGCUGCUCUACAUCUGUGUGAAGAACCUAUCACAGAUCAGAUCCAAAAAUAGGAAGGUGCUUAGCAGUGGAUUCCUGUGUGUGUUUGGAUAUGUGGUUGCUCUGGUUGUGGUGGCCGUGUCUGCUGUGGUGGAUCCUAAAGGCUACGGCAGUGAACUCUGCUGGAUUAAAACAGAUAAAGGCUUCAUCUGGAGUUUUCUGGGUCCUGUUUUUGUCAUACUAGCGUUAAACAUGAUUCUCUUCAUCAAGAUCGUCACCACUGUGAACUCGGCUCUCAAAAAUCUCAAUGUUGAAGUUUCAAAGAUGAAACAAAACAAGAUUAUGGCAUUUAAAACACUGGCUCAGUGUGUGGUUCUUGGUUGCCCCUGGAUUCUGGGUUUCUUCACUAAUGGCAGUAAGGAGCUGGAGAUCCUCUUCCUGAUCUUGAACUCCCAGCAGGGAACCUUCAUCUUUCUGAUCUACUGUGUCCUCAAUAAUGAGGUCAGGCAGCAGUACAGGAAGUUCUUCAGAUGUCUUUGCUGUGACAAACAACACUGAGGACUACAGCAUCAUGUUCAGGAAGGAAUACAUAUUUUUUUAUUAAAUGUUGAAAAAAAAAAAAAAAACUC